AUGGGUCGCCUUAGAGAAUACCAGGUCAUUGGCCGUCACUUGCCUUCCGAGGCCAACCCAGCCCCAAAGUUGUACCGCAUGAGAAUCUUUGCACCAAACACCGUUGUUGCAAAGUCUCGUUUCUGGUACUUCUUGAUGAAGUUGAGAAAGGUCAAGAAGGCAAAUGGAGAAAUCGUCAGCUUGAACGAGAUCUCUGAGAAGCGCCCAAUGAAGGUUAAGAACUUCGGUAUCUGGAUCAGAUAUGAUUCCCGCUCCGGGACUCACAACAUGUACAAGGAGUACCGUGAGAUGUCAAGAACCGAUGCUGUUGAGGCUUUGUACCAAGAUAUGGCUGCCAGACAUCGUUCCCGUUUCAGGUCGAUCCACAUCCUCAAGGUUGUUGAGAUCGAGAAGACCGAAGACGUCAAGCGCCCAUACAUUAAGCAACUCCUUGAAAAGGACCUCAAAUUCCCUCUUCCUCACCGCAUCUCCAAAUCCAUGACCGCCAACCUCUUUGCCUCAAAGAGACCAUCAACUUUCUACUAA